AUGGAAGAAUCUCAGUGCAAGCAGAAAAGUAACACAAAGGUGGCUCAGCAUGAAGGUCAAGAUCGCGAGGACCUCAUCUCCAAACUAAAGGAAGAUACAAUCGCGACGAUGAUGAAGCGCAGACCCAAGCCAAAGAGGUUCCUUAUGGCUGGACAACCUACAAAAGCAUAUAUGAAACAAGGAGAAGAGACUCUUCACUCCACACUGUCAUUGAAAGGGGAGAAUUUGUUCCAAAAUUUCACAAACCCAUUACGCUUCCAAAAACUAUGCCCAAGUGGCUCAAAGAACUUGGUUAGAAAAAGCUGGUAUCCACAAGUACCAGAAGAAGGAGGACAUAUGAUUGAGAUCCAAGAUUUAUUUGGCCCAAACAUAGGUACUCAGAAAGAGUCUCAAUUGGUCAUAAUAGAGGGGGCUGCUGGGAUUGGGAAGUCAGCACUUGCCAGGCAGGUGAGGAGAGCCUGGAGUAAAGACCACCUCUACAGGGGUCGCUUUCAUCAUGUCUUCUUCUUCAGCUGCAGAGAGCUGGCUCAGUGCAAGCAGCUGAGUCUCGCUGAGCUCAUAGCACAAGGCCAGGAUGUGCCCACAGCUCCCAUCGGUCAGAUCCUGCAUCACCCUGAGAAGCUGCUCUUCAUCCUGGAUGGGAUAGAUGAGCCAGCAUGGGUCUUGGAGGAGCAGAAUCCUGAGAUGUGUCUGCACUGGAGCCAAAGACAGCCUGUGGACACUCUGCUGGGCAGUUUACUAGGGAAAUCCAUCCUUCCUGAGGCUUCCUUCCUGCUCACAGCUCGGACCACAGCUCUACACAAGCUCAUUCCUUAUUUGGGGCAGCCAUGUCAGGUGGAAGUCCUAGGAUUCACUGAGGUGGAACGUGAGAACUAUUUCUACAAAUAUUUUGAAGAACAAAGAUUUGAAACUACCGCACUUAUGGUGCUUGAAUCUAACCCAGUGCUCCUGACCCUGUGUGAGGUUCCCUGGGUGUGCUGGUUGGUCUGCACUUGCCUGGAAAAGCAGAUGGAGCAGGGUGGAGACCUCUCACUGACCUCACAGACCACUACAGCCCUCUGCCUGGAAUACCUUUCCCUGACAAUCUCAGGUCAGCACCUGAGUACCCAGCUCAGAGGCCUUUGCUCAUUGGCUGCUGAGGGCAUCUGGAAAAGAAAGACUGUGUUCAGUGAAAGUGACCUUUGUAAGCAAGGAUUAGCAAAAGGUGCCAUUGACACUUUCCUGAAGGUUGGUGUCCUUCAAAAGCAGCCCAAGUCUCUGACUUACAGUUUUGCCCAUUUGUGUCUCCAAGAGUUCUUUACAGCAAUGUCCUACAUUGUGGAGGACAGUGAGGGAAGACAUGGUGAUAGGGAAAAUGACAGAAUUGUGGAAACACUGGUAGAAUGGUAUGGAACACAAACCCUAUUUGAGGCACCCAUUGUGCGCUUUCUGUUUGGUCUUUUGAGUAAAGAGGGAUUGAGAGAAAUGGAAAAGAUCUUUUCCUGCAGUCUUUCUGGGAAGAAAAAAUUGAUGCUGCUAUGGCACAUCCUAGGGAAAUCCAAACGCCAUGAACCACCUUGUCUGGGAUUACUCCACUGUCUGUAUGAAAAUCAGGAAAUAGAGCUCUUGACACACGUGAUGCAUGAUCUUCAAGGAACAAUAUCACCUGGCCCAGAUGAUAUGGCACACACAGUGUUCCAGACAAACGUGAAGUACCUGGUGGUACAGACAGACAUGGAGCUCAUGGUGGUCACUUUCUGCAUUAAGUUCUGCUAUCACAUAAGGAGUCUUCAGCUGAAUAUGGAAAGACAGCAAGGAUAUGAGUUGAUGGCCCCAAGGAUGGUUCUGUAUAGACAGACCCCAAUCCCUGAUGCAAGUUGGAAGAUUUUCUUCUCUAAUCUUAAAUUCACCAGAAACCUGGAGGAGCUGGACCUAAGUGGAAAUCCACUGAGCUACUCUGCAUUCUGCAAUCUUUGUAAGACCCUGAGACACCCUGGAUGCCAAUUAAAGACCUUGUGGCUUGUUGAAUGUGGCCUCACAUCCACAUACUGUUCACUCCUGGCAUCAGUGCUCAAUGCUCACUCCAGCCUGACUGAGCUAGACCUGCAGCUGAAUGACCUAAGUGACGAUGGUGUAGAGCUGCUGUGUGCGGGGCUCAGGAACCAUGCCUGCAACCUCCACAUCCUGCGACUGGACCUCUCCUCUCUCAGUGCCCAGGUGAUUACAGAGCUCAGGACCCUGGAGGCAAAGAAUCCGAAGCUGCACAUCUCCAGCACAUGGAUGCCACACAUGAUGGUCCCCAGUGAGAACGUGGAUGGAGAGGAUAUCCUGACCUCAUUCAAGCAGCAGCAACAACAAUCGGGAGACAAGCACAUGGAACUUCUGGGGACAGAAGAUGACUUCUGGGGCCCUACAGGACCUGUGGCUACUGAGGUGGUUGACAGAGAGAGGUACAUGUACCGAGUUCGAUUGCCCAUGGCUGGUUCCUACCACUCUCCAAGCACAGGACUCCACUUUGUAGUGAAAAGGGCAGUGAACAUCGAGAUUGAAUUCUGUGCCUGGAGCCAAUAUCUGGACAAGAUUCCCUUGCAGCAGAGUCACAUGGUGGCUGGACCUCUGUUUGACAUCAAGGCUGAGCAAGGAGCUGUGACUGCAGUGUACCUCCCUCAUUUUGUGUCCCUCCAAGAGACAAAUGCAAGCACAGUUGACUUCAAGGUGGCCCACUUUCAAGAACAUGGGUUGGUUCUAGAAACACCAGAUCGAGUGAAGAGUCGUUACACAGUACUAAAAAACCCAAGCUUCUCUCCAAUGGGAGUUGUACUGAAAAUAAUCCCUGCUGCCCGGCGCUUCAUCCCCAUCACUUCCAUCACACUGAUCUACUAUCGCCUCAAUCUCGAAGAACUCACCCUUCACCUCUACCUAAUCCCCAAUGACUGCACUAUUCAGAAGGCCAUUGAUGAAGAAGAAAUGAAGUUUCAGUUUGUGAGAAUAAAUAAGCCACCCCCAGUAGACAAUCUUUUCAUUGGCUCCCGCUACAUUGUGUCUGGUUCUGAGAACCUGGAAAUCACCCCAAAGGAACUGGAGCUGUGCUACAGGAGCAGCAAAGAAUUCCAGCUCUUCUCUGAGAUCUACGUUGGACACAUGGGUUCAGAGAUUAAGCUGCAAAUCAAAAAUAAAAAGCACAUGAAACUCAUAUGGGAAGCCUUGCUGAAACCAGGAGACUUCAGACCUGCUCUGCCCAGGAUUGCCCAAGUCCCCAAAGAUGUUCCUGCCUUGCAACAUUUCAUGGACCAGCAUCGGGAGCAGCUGGUGGCCCGAGUGACAUCAGUGGACACUCUCUUGGACAAGCUGCAUAGUCUGGUGCUGAGUGAAGAUUCCUAUGAGGCAGUGCGGGCUGAGACCACAAACCAAGACAAGAUGAGGAAGCUCUUCAGCCUCAGCCGGUCCUGGAAUCGAGCCUGCAAAGACCAAUUCUACCAAGCUCUGAAGGAGACCCAUCCUUACCUGGUCAUGGACCUCCUUGAGAAGUCGAGCAUUGUUUCUUUGGGAUCCUGA